UAUCACUAGUCUUGUCCCUAAAAGCAUGGGAAGUUCUUCAAUGGUAAUUCAAGUUAUGAACAUUAUGGGCCUAGAGUCCUGAUCUACUAUGUGGGCAUGUAAAUUUUAUUUGUAAAUGCUCUGUGUUAUUUACAGGACACCUGUUAAUGUACAGGUGGCAAUAAAUAUGUUUAGCUUUACCAAGAUUUAUGUACAUAUAAAUAUAGGUUGUAAUGAAGGCAUCGUAGAUAGAUAUUUUUGGUGAGAUAAUAGAAAAGCUUGGUGAGCACCAUCUGAUUGAGUGAUACCCCUCUUGUAUUCUAGGAUUGUGGCUAUACAUUUACUUACAGUUUCAUAUGGUAUCAAAGCAGGAUUUACCUGUCUCGAAUUGAGUGAGUUUUUCUUGAAGUGAAGAAAAGAAAAAGGAGUCAUCUUGCUCCCUGAAACACUCCAAAACACAAAGAGAAUGAUGAAAAACGGAAAGGAUGGAGACUAGGAGGUAUUUUCUGGUGUCGAUAAUGGAGGUAAUUCCUAUAAUGAUCCUCUAUAUCUGUCGAGUUUGGAUAACCCAAGGAAUAAAUUGGUAUCUGUUGUGUUUAAUGGAAACAAUUAAUUGAGGUGGACGAGAAAUGUGAAGAGAGUAGAGGUGACUAUGGGCCGGUUCGGGUCGCGGCAAAAAAAAUUACCCCUUGGUCGGGCCGGACCGUGCCACCAUUCGGGCCAAAAUUUUGUGCCCAAAGCCCGCUAUUUUGGGCCAAAAUUAGCGGGCUUUUCGGAUCAAAAUCGGGUUGGGCCAAAAAUUAGACUAAAAAGUCAUUUUGGCUUGCCCCAAACCCUGCCCAAAGCCAAAAAAAUCUGGGCCGGGCUGGGUCCGACCACGGGCCAAAAUUCAGCCCAAUACCUGGUCUAAAACCGAGCUGGGCCGAGCCAAAAUGAUCAGCUCUACAAGAGAGCUUUAGGAGCGAAGAACCAAAUAGGCUUCCUUGAUGGUACUAUCAAGAAGCCAGAUGAGAAAAGCAAAGACUUUGAUCGAUGGCAGAGGUUUGAUUACAUGGUUGCUAGCUGGCUGUUAUAUGUUAUAUUCCAUGAAUGAAGAGAUAUAUGAUUAUUUUACAGACUGUGAGACAUAUGUUGAGUUGUGGAAUAAGGUAGGAGAAAGAUAUGGUCAGUCAAAUGGGCCAAUGAUUAAUCAGCUUAAGAAAAAAAUUGAUAGCUUGAAGCAGGAAAAUAACACAUUGAUGGUUUAUUUAGUAAGCUUAAGAGGUUAUGGGAUGAAAUGAAAAGUGAUAGAAAGUUUCCUAUGUGUGAAUGUGGAGUAUUAAAGAGUUGCACUUGUGAUUUCUUGAAGAGGUUGGUGGAUUUCGAGUAGAAAGAGAAACUGAUGCAGUUCUUACUGGUAUUGAAUAAUGGAUUUGACAGCACCAUAACAAACUUACUGUCAAUGGAUCCACUAUCAUAGAUAAACAGAGCUUAUGCUAUUGCCGCACAGAUAGAAAAACAGAAGGAGAUCAAUGUAUGGAGGAUUGGAUUAUUAAGUGGAGGCUAGCGCGAUGACUGUUCAAAAAGGUGGGAGAGUUGGAGGCUUCACGUCAUGGAGAGGAGGAUACCAGAGUUGAAAAAGGGAUUGGAAAAGAGAGAAAUAUGACAAGAAGUGUGACUAUUGCAUGGGGGUGGGACAUACAAGAGACACUUGUUUCAAGUUGAAUGGGCCUCCUAACUGGUUCCUGGAACUGACGGCAACGAAAGGGGGAAAUAUUGGAGGAAACCUAGCAGCCAAUGUGCAAGCUAAAGGUGGAGGGGAGUAUGCUGACAAUCCUCUAGAUGGUGAAGAGAACUACCCAGGAAUGGAUCCCAAGCCGGUGAAUGCAGUAGUGCAGAAGAUGAUGAAGGUGAUGAAAGGAAAGAGUCUGAGAGAUGAAGGGGGAGCAGCAUGUCCAAUGCUUCCAACAAUUGUGCAGGUCCAAGCAUCUGAUGAGAGGGUGGCACAAGGAAGAAGAAAGGGAAAUCUUUACUUAUUUGAAUAUGAACAUGUCUUUGAUGAAUGUAAUAACUACAUUAACUCUGUAGUAAUUGAUGUGGUGUGAGUGUAGUUGUGCCUAGUAGUCAAGUGAAUUACAAUGUUGCUGAUUUGGAUGUAACUCAUAUCAGCUUACGGCAUGCUUCUUUAUCUAAAAUGAAACAUAUUGAAUUA